AUGAGAAAGGGUUACUACUACUUGGAAUACGGUACUACAAAGCUUUGUAAAACUACAGUAGGAACAGCAUCGAAUAUGUCAAGAGUUGACUGGAAUCAAUUGGGUACUUCAAAUCCUCUUCUAUCACCUGCAUUUGUGGUUUCCUCUGCUCACCAUUUGGUAUUUACAUCCGGAUGUCUAGGUACUGAUGAUCAAGAUCAAUUGCCCGAAUGUCCAGCUGAACAGACUAAAAAUGCAUUUGAAAAUUUGUCAAAAGUUUUGGAGGCAAGUGGUUCAUCAUUGAGCAGUGUAAUCAAGGUGCUACUAUUUGUAAAGGAUCCUGCGUUGGUUCCAGUUGUUAAUCGAAUCUAUCAAAAGUACUUCCCCGAGAAGCCUGCGAGAAGCUGUAUCGUAGUAGCAUUUCCAAAUCCCAAAGUUCAGGUGGAAUUAGAAUGUGUAGCUGUAACUAAAUCUAGAGAAUCUAAAUUAUGA